GCCUGUUCUUGCAGGAUGAUCACCGACGUACAGCUCGCCAUCUUCGCCAACAUGCUGGGCGUGUCGCUCUUCCUGCUCGUCGUCCUCUACCACUACGUAGCCGUCAACAACCCCAAGAAGCAGGAGUGAAGGCGGCGCGGCCGGCAGGACUCCAGGACGUAGUCUGAGGCAAGAUGGAGGGCGAGGGGCCCUAGCACUUCGCCUCGUCCCUCCUCCCCAUCACCACACGCAAAGCAACUGCACCUGGAGUUUCCAAAUAACUUUUAUUUCUUCAAAGUCUUUCCUGACCCCAUGGAACAAGAAGCUGCCCCUGAGUAGGGUCCAGUAGAGGGGCUGCUUGCUUUUUAUUCCCUCCCCCCCAUAUAAAAAUAUAGAUAUAC